AUGCGUCAGCGCUUAUUCAAUGACUAUAAAAAUACAACAAUAUUACAAGAUCUAAAGGUUAUUGGAGAAGUCUUUAAAAUAGAAACCGAUGAUGAUAGAGGAGAAGAAGAAGUUAAAAGAGUGUCACGCAGAUUUGGUCUAUCUGAAUUUGAAAGUUUAGUAAACUUUCGUUCACGAAAUGCGUCUUCUGAUCUUAUAAAAACACUAAACAUACUUCCAACAACAACUUCCGAAUGUGAACGAGGAUUUUCUGAUAUGAAUCUCACCAUAACUGAUCUUAGAACUCGUUUAACAAUUGAAAAUGUGUCAGAUUUAAUGUUUAUCUCCAUCAAUGGCCCCCCAGUUGAAGACUUCAAUCCACGACCAUACGUAAAAAUUUGGCUGCGAAACCACAGAUCAGCAGAUUCAGCUCCACGUGGUAAAGAACAAAAAAAAAACCGUCGACGAAGAAGAUGA